AUGAAACUCCUGGAAAAUUCAAGUUUUGAAGCCAUAAACACCAGACUCACCAUUGAAAUGGGAGACUGUCAGAUAAUAGGAAGGUAAGUUCUCAACACUUCAAUAGUGCCACCAGCCCAUUUGGUAUGUAGACCUAGAAAUUGACAUUUGCACAGAAUUUGACAGCACUUCAAUGCCUUGCUAUGAAGACCUAACACAACUGUGUUACACAGGAAGUCCAUUUUCAGCAACCACGUAAUUUGCUUAAGUGGAUGCAUGAUGUGAUGAACCAUUCACUGUUUUGCACCGUGUCUUUCCUCAGGAUCGAAAGCUACUCUUGCAAGAUGGCAGGUGAGGACAAGCAGAUGUUCAAGCAGUUCUGCCAGGAGGGACUGCCUCAUGUCCUGGAAGCCCUGUCCCCUCCACAGUCCUCAGGAAUCAGCCCCAACAAGUAAGACUUCAGUUCACAGUACACCACCACCAUAGAAACUCAGAGGUCAAGUUUUAUUAGUCGUAUGUACGUGAUAUGCAUGGUAUACAUCGUCCAACGAAAUGCCUACUUGCAGGUUCCUUCUGGACAAUGCAACAACAAUUAGAAAUAAUUCAAGAUAAGAAUAUGAACAUGAAGUAAAUGGCUAAGUAGAGUAGAAUAGAAUAAACAUUUUAGCAUAAGUAUAAUACAGGAAGGCACAAUUUAUAGUCCAAUAGUUACACAUGUAUUGGGGAUGGGGCCAGUGUAUAAACUGAGCAGUAUAAUAAGAGUCUGGUAGCAGCAGUUGUGAUGUGUGUGUAACAUGAAUGUAUAUGUGUGUGGGUGUGUGCAUGAGUGAGUGAAUGUGUGCUAUGGUGCGGAGAAUCCGAGCAGGUGGUCAGUCCAGUUCGUGUUCAGCAGUCUGAUGGCUUGUAGAUAAAAACUGUCUCUGAGCCUGUUGGUAUUAGUGAUGGGCAUUCCGAGUCUAUUCGGUAAGCUGGCUUAUUUGGCUCUGUUCACGUAAAAGAGACGGUUCAUUUGGCUCCCAAAUCGACCUAGAACCAUGAAAAAAUUGCAAAUCUUCUAUGUAAAGCCCAAAAGGUAAGCUACCAUUAUGUCAGAUCGUGAAAUGCACGUUCACAUGUUGUUUUACCUGCCAAAAUUAUUAUAUGGACCUUAGAAAAUUAUUUUGUAACUUAUCCGCAGAAAAACGUUGUUUUGAGCUCAAAAAGCAGUAGUAGCAGUAUGCAAAUCAGGGAGCCAAAUGAACAGCUCUUUCACCGAGGUGAUUCGGUUCCCGACGUUCACCAAAAAGAUCCCUUCAAAAAGAGCCGUUUGUUCGCGAAAGACCCGUCACUAGUUGGCAUCAGACCUCAUGCUCCGAUACCGCCUGCUCGACAGUAAGGGAGAGAACAGCUUGUGGCUAGGGUGUGUGGGGUAUUUGAUGAUGAUGAUGCGUGCGGUCCUCAGGCACCGUUUUGAGUAGAUGUCCUGGAUGGGUGGGAGCACGGUCCCAGUGAUGUACUGGGACGUCUUCACCACCCGGUCAGGACGCUCUCGAUGGUGCAGCGGUAGUAUUUGCCGAUUUUCUUCAGCUGCUUUAGGAAGUAGAGAUCUAUUCAGUACUUGGGAGAAAUGAUCAGUGUUUUGCAGAUGCACGUAGAGCACACGCACAGUAUAAAGUAGAUGUAUAACAUAGUGAAUUGAAUCUGUUCUAGUCAUUACACUUCUAUCUGUACUCUGUAAUGCCCAUGGCCUGGUUACAUGAAGACCUAGAAGAAUCCUGUAGUUCCUGUCAAGCAAACAGUUGAAAUGACAAGUAUGCACAAGUGUGCACUGAACAUGUUCAUAACACUAACUAGUGUGUGGUUUUGUGCUGUGGUUGUAGGUUGAGCCAGAGUCAGAGUGGAGACGAGGGGGAGGGGCCUCUCUCUGACAAGUGCAGCAGGAAGACCCUCUUCUACCUGAUCGCCACCCUCAACGAAUCCUUCCGCCCCGACUAUGACUUCAGCCGCACCAAGAGCCACGACUUCAGCAGAGAGCCCAGCAUAAACUGGGUGAGGAUUUAACAUCUCCUACCUACACAACAGUGCCUGUACCUGCCUCACGUUGCUGGUAUGAAUUGCUUACACCAGAACCAGCGUAUUCUGCUGGUUUUGCGUCGUGGCUUUCACUACACAGUAGCAGGAGUUGAUUGGGCUUGACGUGCCGAGGCAGCUUGUACACGACCCAAAGCCUGUCUGGUCUCAUGUGGUAUGAGACUGUAAUCCAUUACCUGGAGGACAAAAGGCUUGGGAAGGGGACUAACAGAUCAACUCCAAAAUGAAAAGUAUAACACAGUGCUUGAAUCUAGUAGUCGAUGUCUAGACAUGGUCAGUGUUGGCUAAAUCCUAACAUGGCCUGAUAAACACAAAUGUUCUGCGUUUUGUAUGGCAUUAUUAACACAGUGUAUGACGCUAGGUGUUCAACGCGGUGAACAGCAGUUUGUCGGCGGCGGCUGGGGAGGAGUACAGUCGGCUACAGCCCCAGCUGUGGGAGGCCAUCGACACAGAGAUCUGCCUGUCAGAGUGUGACAUCUACAGGUGAGCAAUGCCAUUUUUUUCUUAAAGGUGGAGAGGGUUUGUGUGGUCUGGAGUUGGCAGCGCUAUCUCUACACCAGACUCCGGCACGAGCACCGCCACCUUUAAACACAUGAGGAGACAUACAGGUAACUGACAAAAUAAAGGAAACAUCAACAUAUGUCUUAAUAGGGUGUUGUGCCACCACGAGCCGCCAGAACAGCUUCAAUGCACCUUUGCAUAGAUUCUACAAGUGUCUGGAACUCUAUUGGAGGGAUGCGACACCAUUCUUCCACAACAAAUUCCAUAAUUUGGUGUUUUGUUGAUGGUGGUAGAAAACAGAAUCUCCCGUAAGUGUUCAAUUGGGUUGAGAUCUGGUGACUGAGACACACACACCCUUUAAACCCCCUAUGCUCCUUUGAGACCCCUCUUUCAAAGUCACUAAGAUCUAUUUUUCUAGCCAUGGUAGCCAAAAUAAUGGGCAACUGGGCAUUUUUAUAUUUGAAUUUAAGCAUGAUGGGAUGUUAAUUCCUUAAUUAACUCAGGAACCACACCUGUGUGGAGGCACCUGCUUUCAAUAUACUUUGUAUCUGUCAUUUACUCAAGUGUUUCCUUUAUUUUGGUAGUUACCUGUACAUUUAGUUUGUGAACCAGAAUGUAAAGGCCAUUUUGUUUUGGAUGUUGCAGCUACAACCCAGACCUGGACUCUGACCCGUACGGAGAGGAGGGGAACAUGUGGUCCUUCAACUACUUCUUCUACAACACAAGGCUGAAGAGGAUCGUCUUCUUCACAUGCCGCUCGGUCAGGUAAGACUGAAGACUUUAAAACACAUCAUUAUUACAGUUUUGUGCUCUGUAUUGAAAGUCCUCUAUUUUAAACUUGACUGCUGACGUGCACAGUUCUUUGGGAUUGUAUUAAAAUUGGACUAAUGAACAAAAUACAAACAUAUUAUUUUUGAGUGAACUAUACCGUUUUUAACUUCUCAUGUCCAUUUAACGAGACGGUAUGGUAUUAUUUUAUCUGAGUGGAAAUCAUCUGUUUACAAUCUGAACAUGGUUGAUCAAAGACAAUAUAACUGCAUACUGACAAUACGAUCAAUGAAAUAAAUACUUAUAUUUUGCUCAAAGCUCAAUGCAAAGAACGAGGGAAGGGAUAGAAAUUAAGCUAGCUCACUAGCCUGAGGCUAGUACUUUUCAGACUGGGCUGGUAGAAACUAACCCGCCAGACCAGUGACAUUUUGUCUUUUCAAACAUCGCAUGGCACAGAUUUUGGACCCAAAUGUUACCUAGGCCAGUAGAAAUCUGUCUACUACUCCGACUGGCGAAUGCCCAAAAUACUUAUAUUCCAUCCCUGAAAGAAAUGCUUAUACAUUGAUGUGGUCUGUGGUGAGCAACAUUUGCUUUUGUCCCUGUGUGUUAGUUUAUUCAUGGCCCCACGGGACUCUGGCUUUGGUAACGAACUGGAUCUGGAGCUGGAUGAAGAUUGUUAUGAUGAGAACAUGGAUGAAGAGAGGUGAGGAGGACACACUGCCUUUCCCCAAAUAGAAAAACCUCAAAUGUGAUUGGUUUCGAAAACAUAGAGAAUGAAACAGUUUUACGGUCUUUGUAUGUUGAAUUAGUGCUGUUCAUGGAUGCAUCGUUUAGAUCGGUCUAAUCUUCUAAUCUAAACCAUGUAUUUGUUCUCUCAGUAGGUAUGGUGCCCUGUGUGCCCAGUGA